AUGGAGGCAACCAACACGGAUAUCAACAACCCUAUCGAGGUGGCCGGGGACACGGCCCUCCUCGUGGACACUUCCAAGACCAGAGGUUUCACGGCCCCCGCCAUCGAGGUCAAGGCAGACAUUUCAACAACUUGCAGUGGACAGCAUCGGGCCCGAAAGGUGCCCAACAUCAAAAGCCUCAAGGCAGCCACGGGAGACGAUCGAGAAGCCCCCUCAGGCGAAGAAGAGAAUCCCUUCAGACCAUCCAAAGAACUGCAGGUGGAGGAUCAAGGAAACAGCAGGAUCGACAACACAGAUCAGAACACACAGGGUAAUGACCAACAAGGACCGGCUGCUUCCAAAUUUAGCUUCGCCUUCAAGUCCAAAGCCCCUCCUCAGGCUCCAGCUAAACCUGCUGCAGAUUUUUCGAAACCACCAAAGGCGCCAUUCCAGCCGUCAGACAAUCGGCCGGCGCCACCACAAGGUCCCAAGAACAAAUAUUUCGACCGCCGCGACGACAGACAUGGAUUUCGGGGCCAUGAUCGGAAGUUUAUGGCCCAACAUGAUCGAAGACACCCCAACGACCGACAGCACCAGAUGCACCAACAACCUGCUCCAAGAGACCGCCGACCAGACCGAUCACGUUCUCCCCCUUCGAAGAAGAUCAAGAAAGAGAUCAAGUCUCGGCCCACACUGCCUCCCGAAUUUGCAGAGUCCGAGUCUAUAUAUUUCCGAAAGCCUGGUAACGAGUCCGUUGUCGGCGCAGGCACAUAUGGAAAAGUAUUCAAGGCCAUUCACAUCUACACAAAGGACAAAGUUGCACUGAAGAAGAUUCGGAUGGAAGGUGAACGAGACGGGUUCCCCAUCACAGCCGUGCGCGAGAUCAGACUAUUACAACAUCUGCGACACAAGCACGUGGUUGCAUUACAGGAGGUUAUGGUCGAAAAGAACGAAUGCUUCAUGGUUUUUGAGUAUCUUUCGCACGAUCUGACUGGACUCAUCAACCAUCCAUCUUUCAAGCUGACGCCCGCGCACAAGAAGGACUUGGCGAAGCAAAUGUUUGAUGGGCUGGAUUAUCUUCAUCGACGCGGUGUCUUACACCGGGACAUCAAGGCUGCCAAUAUCUUGAUCUCCAACACCGGCCAGCUGAAAUACGCCGACUUUGGCCUUGCACGGUUCUACAACAAGUCUCGCAAACUCGACUACACCAAUCGUGUAAUCACCAUUUGGUAUCGACCUCCAGAGCUUCUUCUGGGCGAAACUCAAUACGGACCUGAGGUGGACAUAUGGUCUGCGGCGUGUGUUUUUGUGGAAAUGUUCACGAAAAAGGCGAUCUUCCCUGGAGAAGGUGGAGAGCUUAGCCAGUUGGACAAAGUAUACAACGUCCUUGGGACACCGACUCGAUCAGACUGGCGAGGUAUUGUGGAUCUCCCCUGGUUCGAGCUCAUGCAACCGGCCGAUCGACGCAAGCGGAUAUUCGAAGCCAUGUUCAAAGACGUCUUCACGCCUGCUGCUCUUGACUUGGUGCAGCAGAUGUUCAAAUACGACCCGAAGAAGCGACCCAACGCGGAGCAAGUGCUCAGUCACGAGUAUUUCACGUCCGAGGAGCCGCUCGCGGAACAACCGGUGGAGCUUGCAAACGUCGAGGGCGAUUGGCAUGAAUUUGAGAGCAAGAUGCACCGCAGGGAGAAUGACAAACGUGAGAAGGAUCGGAGAAGAGAGGAAUACGCGCGAGAGAAGGAAAAGAGAAAAGCCCGGGAGGCCGGUCUCCCUGAUCCGACGCCCGUCGCCGAUAAAAAGGCUAGGUUGUUGGAGGACGAGGCAGCCUUGAAGGGAAGCAUGCCUCCUCCUCCGCCGGCCAAUGGCGAUAACCCGACUACGAACUCCACCGGCCGGGCGCCGUAUCCACCAGCGGAGAGGACGAUGGAGCGCGACAACGAAGAUGGGGACUCGGAAGGUGAAGACGGUGCGCCCAUGAGCAUGUCGCCCGCCUGA